AUUAAAUCCGGAUCGACGAGCUUCGACGACCACAAGAAAGCAAUCGCCGGUCACCGGAGAUCGGAUUCGUUGUGUAUUUCCGUCAAUUACUGUUUUACAUAUAUAGAUAUUUCGCUAUUGGAUUUGGACUUUGAUAUUGAUUCGAGUGGCUAGAUCGAUCUAAUGCGAUGGGUUUUAUGCUUACAACUCUGAUUUUCAUUGUUAUCGGAAUGAUUGCGUGCCUUUGCACUCGAAUCUGCUGCAACAAGGGACCUUCUGCUAACCUGUUCCACCUUACAUUGGUGACUACUGCAACUGUAUGCUGUUGGAUGAUGUGGGCAAUUGUUUAUCUUGCACAAAUGAACCCACUUAUUGUUCCAAUUCUAAGUGAAGGAGAAUGAAGCAUCAAAGAUUUAUGGUUUAUGAAUGGAAAUUAGGAAGGAAAUUGGUGAAUAUGUAAAACUAUUUAAACAAAUUGGUGAGAUUUGUAUGUAAUCAUUAUGGACUGCAUUUGUUUCUUGUUAUUUAACCAGUGGCUUUCUAGCUCAGUUUUGAUUUUUGAACAGCCACUUCAUGAAAUAAAUUGACCUGUCACCUCUUCCUA